AUGGCAAAUACUUAUGAUAUCAACUUUCUCAAUGCGAUGUUUACGGCUAUAAUGCCGGGUUACACCUUUGUAUCAGAAAAAGAAUAUUAUGAGAGAAAAAAUUCACUUAUUCAACAAGAAGGAAACACCUAUAAGCCCAUUGAUAUAUAUACUUUUCAUCAGUGCACAACUGUUGAUAAAAUUAAUAAAAUUAAAGAAAUUGAGAAAAAUGACCGAAAUACUAUGCAAAUUUUUAUAAAAAUUCUUACCGGGGAAAGCAUUACACUUGGUUGCAAUGAGAGUGACACUAUUGAUCAGGUGAAGAAAAAAAUUCAAGACAAGGAAGGCAUCCCAUCUGAUCAACAACGACUUAUUUUUGCCAGUAUGCCGUUGGAAGGAGAGAAAACACUUUUUUACUAUGGUGUUAUAAAAGGAUGUACAUUACAUUUAGUUUCAAAUCUUGGUGGUGGUGGAAAUAUAAUUAGUCAUUUGAAUGCUGAUUUUUUAGACCCACGUUACAAUUAUGACUUUUCGAAUGUUAAUGAUAAAUAUAAGAAAUUUAUCCGCGGAGGAGUUGAGUAUCGAAGACCAUGUGGAUGGAAACGUAUUGCCUUAAAAGUUGCUGGAAAAUAUGAUAAUGGUAGUAAUGAAUGGCUUGGUACUGAUAUAAAUGCUUGA